AUGUCGGAGCCAGAGCUGCUUGCUCAGGAUGCGGACUCAAAGUAUCCGCCGUCAUCGGUGGCAGGCAGCGUGAGGGGGCGACAAGGCGAUGUUGCGCUUCUCACGUACGACGAGCUAGACGAAAAGCACGCAACGAGCUUCGUCUCCGACGACGGAGCUGGAGCAACGGUCCUUUUCAGCGGAACAACGCGCAACUCGUUUCAAGGAAAAAAGGUGAGCAAGCUGGAGUACGAGGCAUACUCGUCGCUUGCUCUGCGCACGCUGCGGGACCUGCUGGAUCAAGCACACACAUCGGCGCCAUUCGCAGACGCCCCUGUGGCAAGGUCAGCCAAUGCAGCACCCCAGACGACGCAAGACGCGAGCGAGGACCGCAUCAGCAAGUGCUAUGUCGCACACCGGUUGGGCGAAGUGCGUGUGGGCGAGUGCAGCAUCUUGAUCGCGGUCAGCUCGGCGCAUCGCAAGGAAGCCUUUGUGGUCGCAGAGUGGCUGCUCGAAGAGGUCAAGAAGAACGUCGCCGUGUGGAAGUGCGAGUUUUACCAGUCCGGAGAGACGCUCACCGCCUUGGAUGGUCAAGGUGUUCCCAUCGAUCCGCCAGUGCCACAACGUGCACAGAUGGGCGAGGAUCGCAGUCAAGAUCAACAGCAGAGUUGGAGUUGGAAAGCCAACUUUCCAGCCUCGUCGAAAUAG